GGUUUCUCUAGCGCUGCCCUUCUGCAUGGGCUUGUUAACUAGCUGUUGUCACCGAAUGUAUUUUGUAGUGCCGGAUUCCGUCAUAUAGAUUUAUUUAUACAGAUAUUUAUACACAUAGCUGGAUCCAGGUUCGGACCGUGUGACGUCAUGGCAGCUAGGAUUUUGCCAGUAGUCAAGUUGGCCACAAAAGUGGGCAUUGCUGGAGGGGCAGUGUACGUGGCCUACGAUUCAGGACUCCUCAGUGACAGUGCUAAGGGUGCCGAGGCACUGAGCAAAGCUAAAGCAGCCAUCCCUCCUGCUGUGGAAGAGUGGUCGAAAUACUUUGGUUUGGAGCUUCCAGCUGCACCCAAAAUCGAGUUUUCCCCAGGUGACACAUGGAACUUAGGAGUCCAGAAGUCCAUCCAUGCUUUAUCAGUUGCCCCGAGUGUGCUGUGCGAAUACACCAGUCAAGGCAUGCAGUAUGUUAAGGACCUUGUUAAAUGAACACUUGCUUCAUGCUUAUAGUUGACUGCAGUUAUGAUUCCUGUGUGUAAGCUGAACACUGUAUGUUGCACAUAAAAAAUCCCACCAUGUACCAUACUUUAGUCAUCUACUUUAAAAGUUAAAUUCAAGGGAAAGACUGAAGAUCUGGUUAAAUUACAAUGCAGGUUUGUUUUGUUUUGUUUUGUUUUUUAAAUAUAAAAUACCUGUUUUGAAGGUAUUUAUGUUAAACAAGUAUAGUUUUAUGAACAAGGCAUAAGGCUAUAUUGUAAUUAUAUUUAUCUUUUCCCUUUACUUCAUCAGACCAGCUGGUAACUAGACCAUUAGACCAGCUAAUGUAACUGUAAAUGUUAAAUGUUAAAUUAGUUGACUGUAAAAUAAACCCUGAACUUA